CUCUGAACAUGGGUAUAAAAAGUCACCAGUACUGAUCGAGUGCAGUGGAAAAGUUAUUCGCAGCAGCACUUUUUAGUGGUGUGGAGGCACAAUCUGAAGUUUACUGGAACGUGUUCAUCAGAGAUUAUAUCAUUUAGCAACACCAUGGCCACAAUGGCGACUUCACCACCUAUACGUGGUACAGGUGAUGGUAUGGAAACUCUGGUGCCUUUAAAAGCAGUAGAACCAAUCACACAACACAGCAAAGUAGCUCACAGCCCAAAGAGAAAAACGUCCCCGUCACCGACAUUAUGUCCCGGUGUCCUACAGCUGGGGAGGAUGCACAUUGACCAAUCAGUGGAGAUCGAAGCAUUCAGGAUUGUGGUCCCCAAAGCUGCAAUAACACACACAGUGCUGACUAAACAGGCUAAAGCACAGGAUGGGCACAGUAAAGUAGACACUGCUGACUGUGUGAUUGACCCAUGGAAACAACUAGCUGAAAUGAAGAGCGCUUUGGAAAAACUAAAAAACGCAGAGAGACGUUUACUUCAAGACAAAGAGGGUCUUUCUAACCAGCUAAGGGUGCAGACAGAGGUUAAUCGGGAAUUAAAAAAGUUACUGGUGGCAUCUGUUGGUGAUGACUUACAGUAUCACUUUGAGCGCACAGCUCGAGAGAAGAACCAACUUAUUCUGGAAAAUGAGGCUCUAGCACGAAAUACAGCUCAGCUGUCGGAACAACUGGAGCGCAUGUCAAUUCAGUGUGAUGUCUGGAGAAGCAAAUUCCUUGCUAGUCGAGUCAUGGCAGAUGAAUUAACAAACAUAAGGGCAAAUCUGCAACGGCAGAACAGAGAGGCUCGGAGCGCCCUGCGGGACUUGUUAAGUGAAAGAGAGCAAUUUCGACAAGAAAUGUCUGAAACAAAAAAAGUAUUAGAAGAACUUCUCAUUUCCCUGCAGUGGGGAAGACAACAGACCUAUUACCCCAUUGCCCAGCCCUACACUACCACAGAACUAGUUGCAGCAAACCAGAAGCUGGCAGUGGCAGUGAAGUCUCACCUUAUUGGGAAUACUGGAUCGGAGAGCGCCAAACAAACCUCGCAGGCAGUGGAGUUUUGCAACACUCCCGCAGAAAAAAUGGCAGAAAUGAUCCUGAAGUCUCUGGACCCUAUGUUAUGUACAGAGGCAUCUGUUGAUAUUUCCUUCUCGGAGUCCUCAUCACCAUCAUUCCUGGCAGCAAAGAAAAGCAUUGGACGUUUUCACCCAUACACCCGAUACGAGAACAUCACUUUCAAUUGUUGCAAUCACUGCCAUGGGGAAUUAAUAGCCCUAUAGGAAGACUUGAGGUGAACUCUCUGGCUAAAAGCAGUGUUUGCAGUGAUGUGCACAUUUCGGGAGCAAUAAUUCCUGUAAGUGGGAUAUCUAGACUUGAAAUAACAGCGGAUUUGUGUUCUUCUGUUUUGACGGUAGCUGACCUCAUGUAAUAAAGUUUUUGUAUUGUUGUAAAAGAACUCAUUGGAAAAAAAGAUUUUCAGGGCAUCCAAAGAGUGUGAGGAACACUGUUUCUGAAAUGUUUUUAUCACAAGUAGGUCAUUCCUUCAGGAUUUUUUCUAAGAAUUUCUUUGGUGCAAUACUCGAAACCGUUAACGGCUGUAUUUUUUUGGACCUUAAGUGGUUUCAAUGUUCAUUGAAUGUAUCA